GCUUCAUGCUCAACUCAGGUGAUAUGGUGCAGGUAAGACGAGGUAUGUCGAAGAUCUGUGAUGAUCAUCACUCCGCAAUCACAUGCAACAACAUGGAUGUGUUCCUGCAGACAUCGGCCCCAUGUAGAAGUCCGAAGACAAGAUUGAUUGAACGAACACCAACUCACUCUCCCUUCGAACAGACCAAGUCAUUCGCUCCGAUUCCUACAACAGACAUCACAAAAGGGACAGGACACACAGCAGUCAUGGCCGCACUCGCAUCAAACAUUGUCAGCAACCCUUGGUUCUUCGAACCUCUCCAGAUCUUCGCAACUCUGGGUGCCGCCGUCAACUUCGGUGGUUCAGUACUGCAAUCGCCUCUGAUCAUGCCCACUGUAACCGACCACGUCGUUGGAGUACCAAUCCACUACACAGCUCAGCAAACCGCCUACCUCCUCCACAAUAGCGAGCACUUCUUCCCUCCUCUCAAUGCUCUCUGCUCGCUCUCCAACCUCAUCCUCACAAGCACCGCAUUCCUCCGCGCCCGCGACGGUAACCUCAUUGCCGAGGCCAAGUUCCCCAAGCUCGCUGCCGCCUUUGGCUUAAACGUCGCAACCACGGCUUGGGCACUGUUGAUCCAGGUCCCCAUGAACAAGAGAAUGACCAGAUUGGCAGAAAUCCUCAAGGCUGGUGUUGCCAAUGGCACCGACAAGGAUAGCAGACAGAAGGCUGCUGAGACUGAGUUCAGAGAGCUGCAGUUGAAAUGGCGCAAGCUGAACUAUGGUCGUGCUGCCAUCAUGAUCGCCAGUGCUAUCGCUGGUGCCCUUGCGCUGGUCGCAAAGCCC